UUUCCCUACGACUGUUGCAGGCGUCGGUGAACAUUCUGAACAGUCAGAUAACGAGCAACGUCGAUCUAUACGUACUCGGAGACGACUUCCAGCAUUAUUUUUGGUCGGUGGGCCCGUUCGCAUCAAACAUAAUUCUGAUUACUCGGAACCGGUAUCUUCACCAAGAGUCGUCGUAGACUCUCUGGUCUCUCAACCCGUUAAGAGACCAGCUGAGGUUCCUACCAACAACGAGCAAGCCUUCUGCAGCAGCCCAGUAAACGAGGAAAUGCCUGAUGCUGGUGAUGGUACCAGGGCAUCACUUACGUCUUCCAUACCCUCAUCAUCUUCGCAUUGUUCUCCAUAUCGAACGCUCCGGAGAAGAAAGCGUAUAACUCUUUUGAAACAGAAGUCGUCUCGCUCUCUGCGCAAGAGAGCUUCAAUACCAUUUUCCGAGGGAGUAGAGAUCAGUGCGCCACGCAGUCCUCGUAGAGAUAAAGUGAAGCGAGGAUCUCAUGUAUCCUCUACGGCGUCUAUGGGUGUUGAUCCACCAGUUCGCUUGGGUCAUCCAAGCCGACCUUAUUAUACUGCGAUACGCAAGAACAUGUCGAGACCAAAUACCCCUGGACUACCAAAUUCAGCGUCUCGUACACCAUCUCCCAUCCCCCCUGAAACUACAUAUACCCCUCGCGCAACCAAGUCACUUGAUUGUGGAGAGCGCUUAGCACCUGUUCAGAAUGGAUUUUCACUGCGCCCUACGUCAAUGGUAUUACCAGGACAAGGGGUCUCGGGAUAUCCAUAUGCAGGAUUCUCAUUGAGUGGUGAGACAGAGCUACGAAUGGCACUUGCGAGAUGGCGAUCUCAGGAAGCUCCCGAUGAGCCCGGGGAGUAUCGAUUCAGGGAUAUGGGACGGUGUGACACGAAGGCACGCAUGAAAGGCACGGUAAUGAAACUGGGGAAAGGCUUGAAGGACCUUGUACUUGGGAGGAUGCAAUGAUGCAUAGCUGCGUAACUGCUUUUUUUUGUUGUCUUGCGUUGCUCUGUAUUUUCUUGGUUUAUGCAGUUUAUUAUUACGCGCUCUGAUCACGUGCGCCAUGUUUCAUGUCACGUGAUGUACUGUUAAAAUGUCGUGCUGCACAGCAGACCGCAUCAAAACGCGGAGGAAGCGUUAUGGGGGCGUGCAGCUAAUGUAAAUAGAAUAAGCACAGCAAUGAUCAUCCAGUUCUUGCAUACAGA